ACAUGUUCGAUCUGUAUCUGUGCGUCGCAGGCAGCGUUGUCUAUCGUGGCCGCCCCUAAUUUCGUUGUUGUCGAGGGCCCAAUGAUAAUAAUUGAUGAGCUUCAGUCCUUUCAUAUUCAUAUAUUACCGGCCUCGAACUGGGUAUAAUCGCGAAACGCUCACCACACAUAUCAACGUCGUCUCUAUGAACAAUGCAUGAGUGUCAGCAGUGUCAACGAAGCUUUCAGCGAAUCGCCUCGCUCCGCCAGCAUGAGUCUUCGACAGGACACAUCUCCAGUGGCUCGGUACCAGUUGUCGUCGUACGUAACAUGAGACCUGUAACAAAGACGACGACGGCAGUAGAGCCGAUCAUGGACACUUCGGUGCAGUAUCACGGCAUUCCUUCGAGCCAGAUCAAGCCCGUAUUCAAAGCCGCAUGUUACUCUCGCUUUCAAGAGCCUGUUGCUGCCGAUAUCAUUCGAACGACCCGGACCACGCUCGAGCCGGAUAUUGUAGCAGCAAUCCUGGAAGGGGCCUUGCGCUUACUUCCGGUUGAUUUGACGCCGGAAGGCCAGCGAAUUCGUCGCGAGAAGGAGCAGGCAAAGGCAGAGCAUGCUCGGAAAGCAGAGAACGACUUCGUCGAGCACGUUCGACGCCUUCAGCCGGCCAUGCUCGAUGAGGCGCAGCAAAAGCAGCGAAUCUUGGCCGCUAAAGAAUCAGGCAGCCCGCUCAAACUUCUAGCGACACCCGACAUCCUCUUUGACGAGCCAACGGAAAUCAAUGGCGCUGCUUGUCACUGGAUCGAGUACAAAAAUAUGUUCGGUUUCAAGCAAAAUCCAUUUGUUCAGCAAAAGAUCAAGCAGCAAUGUCGGAGAUACGCAUCAUUGUUCGGCGCGGGCAUCAUCAUCUACAGACUCGGAUUCGAGGUCCGCCUUCUCGAUAUCGAAGGAGUGCGUGUCAUGCGCGAGCGCGAUGUUUCGUUCUGGGUUAGCCAGCAAAUCAGCCUUCAAGAAGUACGCACGCUCUAG